AUGUAUACCCAAUACAAGCUAUUGGAUUUGGUGGAGGGAAAGGAGAAGAUGCCGGAGGCCGCGGAGCUGAAAGGAGCGUGGAUGAAGCGAUCGUUCGACGCGUACAUGCUCAUGGUGCAAGCGUCAUGGUCUGCCCUAGCGACCAACCUCAACUCCCAACAACCCCAAUGGAGCGUGGAUUACAUUCGCGCGCGCAUCCUAGAGGAGGACCUGCGGAGGCGGAGUGUGGAGCGCUUGGAGGAGGGGGCUGGCUAUGGAUUUGGAGGUGGAAAGAGUGGCUUCAAGAAGAAGUGGAAGGGCAAGAACAAGGAUAACCCUAAGGAGGAUGGCGUCGGGGGUCAAGGGGAGGUGUGCUUCUAUUGCAAGAAGCGCGGACAUCGUUGGCGGAAGUGCUACCAACGACCCAAGGAUUGGACCCCGCCUUCAUCAAGCAACCAGCGUGGUGGCACAAGGAGUGGGGGAGUCAUGGGAGCUAGUGGAGAGGAGAAGGAUGAGGAGAAAGGCGGCAAAUCUGAGGAGCGGAAGGCCGGGUUCUUCUUCUUCGUGAACGAAGGCGCAACUGACCACGCUAUGGCUGCCAAGCUGCACCUUGAGGAUCUCCCUGGGUCAGAGCUGACCAGUGAUCACAGUGGCGGUGGUGAGCAGCAAGGCGCUGGUCCUACUGCGGAGGAGGGGUUGGAGGAUGAGUCGGCACGUGUGGACUCACCAUCUCAGCCCGAGCCUGCUGCAAACACCAAGGUCACCAAGAGGAGUGUGCAGAGAGGAGCUUCACCACAUGGGCAGCAGACUGUAACCCGUGAGAAGAGAGUGGCAGCAGCACCCUCAAGGCUGAAUCAUGCGGCUGCUGGACGUUUUUACUUU